AGACAAUCUGACCAAUAGGAAUUUGGAGAGGGUUAACUUCAGGUGUAUCUUGUUCUCUCUCAAGAGGCCUAUUUUAGGAGUCUCGGUGACCUUUCUUUUGGUUUCUGUUGCAUGAUGGGUUGCUUUUUCUGUGUUGUGUUUCUUGGGUUAUUGGCUGCUCAGGUUCUGGCACAAGGAAAUGGCUUGCCCAACCCAUCUGCUGAUUCCAUUUCUCAUCCUGGCACUACCGCAGAGGCUGGCUUCCUCAGGAGAGUAUAUAAUGCAGCUAAGAGUAUGGUAUGGCAUGAUGCUCCAACCACCAUGAGUACCACAAAACCUGGUUCUGCAAUAGCCAGCCCCAGUGCUCAUCUCCUGGUCAUGCAAGAGCUUGAAGGAGUUGCCCAGAUGAACUUCUCUCUGAGGGUUUUAAAUGAGGACCUCAGUGUUGCUGAAGAACCUGCUAUCUAUGAUAAAGGCUCCCCUAUCUACCUUGAGGCAAGGGUCCAAACCACUCCAGGCACGCUGUUCCCCAAGAUCUUCAUUGAUGAGUGCUAUGGGACAGAAACAAAGGAACAGAUCCAUCCUAGGAGGCUUUAUGUGAUAGCCUACAACCAUGGGUGCCUGUAUUCUGAGGAAUUAGAGACGGUCUCUUCUUGGUUCCGGAAAGCGGACUCUGCAAUUGUAUUUACAGUGCCUGCCUUCUCAGUGACUGGGAUACCAGCAGAGGAGAUCUAUAUCCACUGCCUGCUGACAGCCUGGAGCCAAAAAACACCUACCAGCUCUGGCAAGAAAACCUGUUACUUCAAUAGGGCCUCCUCCAGCUGGAAGAAUAUAGAUGAACCAUCCAAGACUUCUGUAUGCAACUGUUGUGACAGCUUUUGCCCCAUGGAGUCCCCUUAUCAUGAAAACUUCAAAGCAUCAUUUGUAGGCGAAGGAAGACUGCACAGAGAAGUAGCUGGCCCUUUGACAGUGCUGAAGGGACGUGUCCCAUGGUUUGAAGAACGAUGCCACACCAUUAAGGGCCUGCUGCUGGCGACUUUUGCCUUUCUGGGCAGCUUUGUGUUGAUGGUUUUCUUCAUUGGGGCUAUCCUGGCUCUAAUCAUGGCCUUUACCCGCAUCUCCGGUCUCCGCAAGAAGCACCAGCUUCUGGUGAACAAGAUGGAGCAGGACAGUGAUACAGAGCUGAAGACAGUGGCUGGAGCUCUAGCUGCUGGAGCUCUUGAAGUCGCCGAUCAGACAGAAGAGUCAAACUUGGACUAUUGCAAGCUCAAGGGAGAUACCCCAGAAAAGGCUUAACCGAAUUGUUGAGUGAAAAUAAAUAAUAGAUUUCCUAAA